CGGGGGCGCCGGCAGCGCCUUCAUCCCGCUCCUCGGAAACACAGCCACUGCAACGGCGGUUCCGGAGCUCGUUUUUGGAGCCGGUGCUACGAGCGUAGUUCAGUCAGGCAGUUCCUUAUUUUCUGCUGUUGGUUUCUUAUCAGUGUCUUGUGGAACCUCCCCCGCCGUUCCUUUUGGUUCGUCCCCCUCAAACCUCCCGCGGUCCCCAGAGACAACCCUGUGUUGCCCCCGCACUGCUCCGGCCAGCAACGAGCAGACGAGCAGGACCCGGCGGCCGCAGCUGGCGGAACCUUUUUUCCGCGCGGCGACAGGAAGGGCUGCGAGAAACCCGGAGCGUUCGGGGCAGCCGGCGCAGCCGGGUUUUCCCACAUGGAGACGGAGCAAGUGCUGAAACGCUUGUAUGUUGGAGGGCUUGCCCACGAGGUGUCUAAGGCUGAGCUGCAGGAAAGAUUUGGCAAGUUCGGCCAUGUUUUGGAUACGGAGAUUAUUACCAGACAAGAUGAUCAGGGGACCCCUCUGAAAACUUUUGCUUACAUCAGUGUCAGCAUUUCGGAUGCAGAUCUUAGAAAGUGCAUGUCAGUUUUAAAUGAAACAAAAUGGAAAGGGGGGACACUGCAAAUACAGUUGGCCAAAGAAAGCUUUUUGCACAGGAACGGGUUGUUGGUAAAUUUGGCAGAGUCUUGCCUAUCCUGCACCUUAGGAGUCAACAGAAGAAGAAAGACCCGUCAAAAUAUUGCCAUAAUCUUAGAAAGCUGGAGCCAGACUUGGCACGUGCUGUUCCUGUAUCUGAGCUCUCUUGGCGCUUGGAAGAGAGAGGUGACAGCAUAA